AUGCAGUUCCACGGCAGCACGACGACGAGCCGGGACUGGACCGACGACCCGCUCCUCCGCGACGCCUUCGCCUCGGCGCCCGAGCACUAUAUCGAGAUCCAUGAGCCGUCGACCAACAGCUCCUCGUGCAAGGUGGCCAUCAACUCCAAGGCGUCCUUACGUGGCCACUGCCACGACGCGCUCCUCGACUGGUACGCGGCCGCCGUCAUCUUUUGGUCGCAUCUCGUCAACUUUGACACGCUCCUCGUCUUCCUCGUCUCGCUUGCCGCGCCCAUUGCAUACUACUACUACAUGCCGAUCGACAGCAGCGGCGUGCCGCAGCACUUUAGCGCCAACCUCUCGUGGAUCCUCGUGACCUUUGCCGUCGUCUCGCCCAUGAUCAUGCAGAUCCGCCAGGCGUUUACGCGCAGAGAGAACGCCCUGGACGCGAUCGCCGAGAUGAAAGCGAUCGCGUCCAACAUCCUCCUCGCCAACACCGUCUGGAACUGGGGCAACAACGGCCGGGACGCGCUGCCGACCGAGCACAACGCGCGCGCCAAGCUGCUCCUCCGCGGUCUCCUCACGGACCUCUACACGUUUCUCGUCAUGCCCACGUUCACGCGCGGCCGGCACCGCUUUACGCAGAGCGGCGCGGCCGAGGCUCUCCACUACAACGCGCAGGUCGACACGCUCUACCAGCGCAUGAUGGUGGCGUUCCGGCAGCUGCAUUUCCAGGUCGAGACCAUGAAGAGCCUCGGCCUUCCGCCCAACGAAGCGUCGCGACUGAACCAGUACCACUGGUUUCUGCAAGCGCGCUUCGAGCGGCUCUGCAACAUCAAGCUGUACCGGACGCCGCAAGCGACGCGGUCGUUCACGCGCCUCAUCAUCUUGCUCUUGCCGUGCUUUUACGGUCCGUACUACGUCACAUGA